ACUAACAUAUUAGUCUGUUGAAGUCGUAAGGUGCUUUCAAAUUCUCCAUUGAAAUGAAAUUGUAUAUUCUUUUUCUGAUUUUUGGUACAGUUAUUUCAGUAGAAGAUAUCCAAGACCAGCUGACACGCGGAUUGUGUCUGUGUAUUGAGGAGAACUAUGUCUAUGCCAGAAGUGACCCUGGUAGUGACAAUCCCGCUGUAGGUGUGUUAAAGAAGGGCACGUGUUUAAAAUCACAUGGUGGAAUACUGCAUAAGAAAGGUGUGACAUGGUAUGAAGUUCACAUGGCUGACGGACAGAAUGUAUGGUUAAAUGGAUUUAAUCUUAUGGCUGUAAAUAUGACGAGGUGUAUGAAUCCGUCUACCACAGUUGCGCCUGUGAAGGGUUCAGGCGAUCGUACACCCUCGGCAAUUAUACAGACGACAACAGAUUUUGAUCCAUUUGCUGGGGCUCUAGAUUUUUGUAUAACAGGAGACGGGAGUUUGAUUGGCAGUGGUGACACAACUAUCAAGAACGGGGUUUCCUGUACAUGUACAUCUGGUCAAAUAAUAUGUCCCACUUCAUUCAGAUGAGUUUCUCAAUCAAGGCAAUUUAAUAAAGUAACUGAUUGAAAUUAUUG